GGUUUCUUCUCGUCCCUUUUAUUUCCUUAAAAAAAAAAUAAAAAAAAAUAAUAAUAAAGAAUAAAUAAAUAAACGAAAACUCGGACAGGGCCGUGAACACCACCCACCGGCCCUUGUUCUUCUCUGCCGGCGGGGCAUAUCCCCGUCGAUGAGCCUUUAGAAGGAAAUAGCUUUCGAUCUUCUUCAAGAUCCAUCGGAGAAGCAAGAAAGCUCCAAGCUUUGCCAUCGUGGAGGCGAGAGAGAUGAUAACGCGAUCCAAUCUUGCGGAGCAGCUGAAGGAGUACCAGAUCCGGUCCAAGAAUGAAUGGGCUUCUCUUUCCUUCUUCUCCUCCACCUCCAACAUCUCCUCCAGGAUGGAAGUGAUAUCUGUCAUAUGGGAGCUGUUAACUUUGGCAUUGAUUGUUCUCUCAGCAGUUUCUCUGUAUUUUGGGUAUAUAAGGGUCACCUUUUUCUUAGUAUUUGUUGCAAUACUUAUUUUUAUUUUUGCUAAAAUAGCAAAAGAGGUAAGACAAAGCAGGAAAAGUAAGCGAAGAAUGCUCCUGCCAUUGUCGAUGUAAAAUAUAGACCAAUCCCAAUGUCAAUGUAAACUAGCAUGUAUACUCAAGUCAGCCUGGGAUGAUGCAUCAAUUAAUUCGUAUGCCUUACUUGCUACCCCUGUAUGGCUGUAUGAACUUUAGUUGCUGUUUUUGUAAAGUCUCAGAUUCAAUUAGUGUAAAUUUUAAGGAGGAUGAAAUCUGAGUGAAAAAAGGUGGCAAGCUUAUUGAAUUUUUAUA